ACGUCAACGCCUUGACAUAAUAUGCUGCAAGAAAAUUAGGUGAAAAUUUACAAAAGCAUAAUAUGCGCCCUGUCUUCGCUUACAGGAGAUAUUCGCAAUACUUUAAAAAUGUGAAAAGAAUUGCCUGGUAUAUUUAUUAUAGUAUAUAGUUUAAGAUUAUAAAUUUAAAAUGUCUACAAAUGAAAGUAACGAGCAAAUGGAAUAUAUUAUAGGAGAAGUAAUGAAUCGGCUUAAUGACAUCUUCCGAACAUCAAUUUUUAUAAUAUUAGCAGCUUUAACAGUGCUUAUAGUUUCCUUCUUAUAUUUAUUGAGACCAUUUUAUCAGUUCCGAACAUCGGCACCAAUGACACAGGUUAGAAGUUGUCCCUGUUUCGAAACAAUUUUGUCAAAUGAGAACUCCUUUAAGGCAGUAACUCGUUCAAUUUUGAAAGAUAAUGACUUAGACAUUAAGCCACGUGAAAUGGCAAACGAUUGUAUCAAAGUUAACUCUAACAUAGAAAAAGAAGCCGAGAAGGUAACUACAUCUAAAGACAGUUGUCAAGGACCAAGCGAAUAUCAUGUUGAUGAGGAUUUUCUAAGAGAAAUAGGCUUGGCAGAGUGUUUCAAACUGCCACAUCUGAAAGAAGUCCAAAAUUAAAUUUAUGAUUAGUGGCGAAACAGUACAGAAAAUGCUUAUGCCGAUAUCAAGCUAUCAUUCAAGUUUUCUUAUAUAUGUUUGAUUUAUAUUUAGUAAUUAUUACUUACGAGGCCUUACUUAUUAAAAUAUUAUUUCAUA